AACUGCUGCAGAGGCAACACGGAUGUUCUUCCGUAUGUGUUGAAGAAACAGCUGAAUAGAUGCAUGACAGUCAGCUGACUACACCACGAAUAUUAUUCUCUACUGUUGCACGAGUUGCAUUCAUUUCAACUGAUUAAGUCUGAAGACAGGGUUCUUCACGGGGAGCCUGAUAUGACAUCCCACCCGCCCAAGUUCAAGUUGUCAGUCUGCGGGAGCGAGAGGUUACAACGACUGAAGGAAACAUUUCAGAAAAAGUAUGGAGAACCUGCAUUGUUUUACGCAUGUGCACCCGGGCGGGUAAAUUUAAUAGGAGAACACAUUGACUACUGUGGCUAUGCUGUCCUCCCCAUGGCCAUUGAACAAACCAUUCUGGCUGCAGUCUCUUUGAACAACACCCAAACAAUCCACCUGGCCAACACCAAUGAGAGAUACCAGGAUUUCCAGGUGUCAUCUGACAGUAUUGUCAUCGACCGGGACAAUCCACAGUGGUACUAUUACUUCCUUUGCGGAGUGAAGGGGAUUCAGGAGCGCCUAGGCCUGUCCCCUCUGGCCGGCAUGCGGUGCCUGGUGGAUGGGAACAUCCCUGCCAGCUCUGGCCUGUCCAGCUCCAGUGCACUGGUCUGCUGUGCUGGUCUUGUGACCAUGGAGGCCAACCACAAAGCCCUCUCCAAAGUGGAGCUAGCGGAAGUGUGUGCCAAGUGUGAGCGCUACAUUGGCACUGAGGGCGGGGGCAUGGACCAGUCCAUCUCCUUCCUGGCUGAGGAGGGCACGGCCAAGUUGAUUGAGUUCAACCCUCUGCGGGCCACAGAUGUGAAGCUGCCUGAGGGCGCCGUGUUUGUCAUCUCCAACUGCUGUGUGGAGAUGAACAAGGCCGCCUCCUCCCACUUCAACAUCCGGGUGGUCGAGUGCCGCAUAGCUGCCAAGCUGCUGGCCAAGGCGGGCGGUCUGGAGUGGCGUCGUGUGCAGCGUCUGGGGGCGGUGCAGGAGGAGCUGGGGCUGGGGCUGGAGGAGAUGCUGGAGCGCGUGGAGGAGCUGUUGCACCCGGAGUCCUACAGCAGGGAGGAGGUGUGCACCGCGCUGGGCAUCACCCCCCAGGAACUCAGCCAAGACAUACUCAGCGCCAACACGCACCAAGUGUCCCACUUCAAGCUGUACCAGCGGGCGAGGCAUGUGUACGGGGAGGCUGCGCGCGUGCGGCGCUUCAAGAGUGUGUGUGACGCGUCUCCUGUGGACGUGCUGCCGCAGCUGGGCCAGCUGAUGAACCAGAGCCACCAGAGCUGCAGAGACCUGUACGAGUGCAGCUGCACACAGCUCGACCAGCUCGUCAACAUCUGCCUGGAAGCGGGGGCUUUGGGUUCCAGGCUAACGGGAGCAGGCUGGGGAGGAUGCGCCGUUUCCAUGGUACCUGCUGAGAAGAUAAACUCUUUCCUCCAGACCGUGCGGGAGAAGUACUAUCUUCCUGACCCCCGCCUGGCAGCUCUGGAGAAGCAGAGCCUGUUCGUGACCAAGCCAGGAGGGGGGGCAGCUAUUUUCACUGACGACAUGUGAGAGGUCCCUCAGGUGCUAGCACCCCCUCCUAUUCCACACCAGGGCCAAAACUCUGCAUUACAGUCAAUAUGUUUACUCAAUGAUCAAUGAUCGUAUCAGCUUUUCUGUAAUUUUCUUCAGACCAAUCAUCUUGAAACUAAGAAGGGAAAAAAUAAGACAUUUAUACUGUAUAAAAUCAAUGCUGAAUAAGUAGUCUAUUAUUUUUUCCCCAUCUCUGAUGGAUUCCAUUUACUGUUGAACGGGAACAGGAUGUAACCAUAGCGUGUCAUGUGUACUUGUGAUGAUAGGGAUGCAAGAAUACAACGAGUUCACUGAUUUCUUUCUUUCCCUUACAUGUGCCAUGCGUGUUUGCGUGUAUUGUGCUCCUUUGACAAACGGUAAAGUACUUUGUAUUACAUCAUGUACCUGAAAUGUGCUAUGCAAGAUAAAGAUAACUAUUCUUCAAUACA